AUGUCUCUUAAAAAAACUAAAGGCUCAACUAUUUAUCAAUUAGGCAAUAUAUCUUUUUCACAAGCUAGUAAAUUACUUCAAGAUACUAAUAUAAAAUUCCAAUAUGAAACUGAUUUUAAUUCAUCCUUUUCUUAUACACUUUCUACAACUUCAAGUGAGAUAGAAGAGCUAAAAUUAUUUAUUAUAAUUGAAAACAAACAAAAAAAUAAUGUUACUAAAACAUUAAUAAUUUCACCAAUUGAUUUUGAUAAUGAAAUUCCAGAAAAUAGUUUAUCUUCAGAUUUUAAUACAGAAAAAAUUAAAGUUUUUCAUAAGAAAAAUAAAUCUAGGGCUGUUCAAAAAGAAAAUUUAAUAUCAAAACAAAUGACAAGAGCACAAGUAAUAAAUGGAUUAUCAGAAAAAUAUAGAUGUUCUAUUCACCUUAUACCAUGUUUUAUUAUAAACUCAAAACAUCUUCAAUUAAAUCUAUAUAGAUUACAAUUAUGGGCGAGAAAAAUUGUAAUACAUGCUGUUACAAUUUCCAAGCAAGAAAAUACUUCACAAUCACUAAUAUCAAAUGUACUUUCAUCUAACAAUUCAACAAAUUCUAUACAACCUAU